CGCCGCUGGGAGGCGGACAGUGAAGGAAGAGCAGCCACCGCCACCAUCUUGGCGUUCAGGGCGUCCGACGGGGCCGGCCGGGCGAGGCCUGAACGGAGCCUCCCGUCGCAGCCGCCGGCAGAGUCGCAGGCCAAGCAGGGCGAGCCUCGCCCCCGACGGUUCUGGGGACCCGAGAUGGCCGCGCAGUCAGCGCCGAAAGUCGUGCUUAAGAGCACCAGCAAGAUGUCUCUUAACGAGCGCUUUACUAAUAUGCUGAAGAACAAACAGCCGAUCCCGGUGAACAUUCGUGCCACUAUGCAGCAGCAGCAAUUGGCCAGUGCCCGAAACCGGAGGCUGGCCCAGCAGAUGGAAAACCGGCCUUCUGUCCAGGCUGCCUUGAAACUCAAGCAGAAGAGCCUCAAACAACGUCUGGGAAAAAGCAACAUCCAGGCACGCUUAGGCCGGCCAGUGGGACCCCUGGUUCGUGGCGCGCUAGGAGGACGGGGGCUGCCAAUGGGGCAGAGAGGCUUGCCCCGAGGCGCCAUGCGCGGGGGCCGUGGAGCACGGGCGCUGCUGCGUGGAGGAAUCCCCCUGCGAGGGCAGAGUUUGCUUCGGGGCGGCCGCGGGAUGGCCCCCCGGAUGGGCCUGAGAAGAGGAGGCAUGAGAGGCCGUGUGGGGCCUGGCAGGGGAGGCCUCGGCCGGGGAGCCAUGGGGCGUGGUGGAAUGGGCGGCAGAGGUCGUGGCAUGGCUGGCCGGGCCCGAGGCGGCUUCGGUGGCCGCGGAAGAGGCCGGGGCCGGGGCAGAGGCACCGCUCGCCCCGCACUGACCAAGGAGCAGUUGGACAACCAGCUGGAUGCGUACAUGUCGAAAACAAAAGGACACCUCGACGCCGAGCUGGAUGCUUACAUGGCUCAGACGGACCCUGAGACCAAUGACUGAGGCUUCUUGCUGUAGAGCCUUGCUGGGGGGGGGGGGGACGGUGUGCGUGUGUCUGUAGAUUGGCCCCUUUCCUCAUGGAAGCCGAGAACACCACCAGCUCAUCAUGCUGGGGAGGACCCACAAGCAAGAAACGCAGAGAGUCAGGAGCCAGUCCCUUUAAAUGUUUUCCUUUUAUGUUUUGAUGCUCCUGGCUGUGUGAGAUCCUGAGGAGGAGGGGGAUAGAUUUGCACGCCGCCACGUAUUUCUAAAGCACCCGUCAAGGCAGCGUGGCUGGCCGGUCCCCGAGGGCCCCCGCUAUUAGCAGCGCGGCAGUGCGGCGUCCUCAGCUCCCCUCUGCCCUGCAGUGGAGGCACGCCGCAUGUUGUUGUAGGGAGGUUGAGAGGGGGGCUCAGCCCGCAGGGUUGUGCUGAAUCCCAGACCCUCCCGCACUUUCCCGCGGAACGUGUCACUCUCUGGCUUUGGGGCCAGAUCGUUCCCUCCCCUCCCCGGGAGAAAAUAAAAUCAGGCCCAACCUGCAUCCGAUUCUCCAGACCUGACAUUGCUAGAAGAAGCCGAGGGGUGUUUCGUUUUUUUUAAUUGCGACAAACUCCUUAGUCAUAGGGUUGCGGGGGUGGGGGGUGUUGCGCGCGCGCGUGUGUGUGUGUGUGUGAGAUGCCAAGGAGACAGUUGCUCUUUCUCCCCCCCCCCCCCCCGCCUUCUGCGGUUUUGUGAACUCACCUGUUUGGCACGGCAUCUUGUAUUUCCUGGUUUACUGUAAGAAACAAUUGCAGGGAAACGAAAA